AUGGGGAGCUCGAAUUUGAGUGACCCGCAAACCGAUGGUACGAUCCUUGCGACUGCGUCUUACGACCAGACGAUUCGAGUCUGGGACGUAUCCAAGACGGUUCAUUCUGGCUCCAUCUCCCACUCUGAGGGCCAGGUCUCUCCAAUUUUCCCCUCUACCUGUCUUAUCUCUCAGAUAUCAUGGUACCCCAUCUACAGGUGAAUUCCAUGAGCCUCACCUCAAACGCACGACAACUGGCCGUGGGCUCCUGGCAAAAGAUUCGCGUGUACGAUCUCGGGGCAGGCCUUCCGAAGGACCCCAUCGCCACCUUCGACAACUUGUUCAAAAACGUCACUUCCAUCGGUUUCGAAGUAUGUCUCUUUGGUUUGUAUUCUGCAAAAAUCGAAUCUUAUCUUUUUCUUCUUGCUAGGCUGUGAUUCAACCAAAGAAAAAGGGACUUUUAACAAAAAUGGGGCCUUUUUUUAAUUUUCAUAGUCAAAGAAAACCAUAAUGGUGGAUAGGCCAAAAUCAGGCUUCGAGUUCGUUUGUAACUGUGAUUUUUGCGGGUGGUUCCUUUCUCUGGUCUAUUCAAAAAUUUUGGUCAAUUUUGAGGAAAACAACAUUUUUUUUAAAGCUUUCUCAAGCUACAAAAUUUUUUAUCCCUGAAAUCAUAGGGUAAGUUUUAUAAGCACUGAAAAAAAGUAUAAAAAAAGAGCAAAUUUAAUUUUUUUGAAAAAAAUAAAUCUUAAACUCCGUUCUAUACACCUUGCCAACAUCCUUUUUUUACAUUUGAAAUAAAAAAAUCUAUUUGGAAUAAUUUUUUUACUUUUUUUCCGUACAAAAAAAUUUUUGGAGAAAAGGCCUUUUUUUCUUGACCUUUUUUUCUGAAAGGUCCUUUCAAGAAAGAAUGAAAGAAUGAGGCGGAAAAAAUAAGGUUCCAAGAAAAUUUUGACACUUUUUUCAAAAAUUAGCUUUAGACUCUUCUUUUUAAGGACUUUUUGAGGUCGUUUAGACUUUGUCUGUGUAGUUCUCACGCGAUUUUCUAUCUCAAGAAAAUAUUUUUCUUAUGAAAUGAUAUAUUUUUUUUUUCUGAACAGAUGCACGGACGGUGGAUGUUCGCCGGCGGCGACGAUAUGUUCUGCCGAGUCUUCGAAAUGCGCGGCAAUCAGUUGAUUUGCCAGAGAAUCUUUGACGUUUGCUCCCGCCAAAAGCCAUUCAGCACACUUUCCUGUUUCAGAAAUCGCAAUCAUCCAUCACAAGUAUUGAAAUCGCCACCAACCAGGUCGACUUGUUCAUCGCCAACGCUUCUGGAGACGUUUCAAAACAUUCUUGUGUCGAAAGUCGAUGCCCAAACGUUUAGGUAUUCCGCUGGGAUUUGCGGCGCGACGACUACGAAAGACUUCCCGUUCCUGUGAUGGGAACGCAGGAAUGCAUUCAGAAGCUCUCUGUUCAUCCGUCUGGCCAGAAAAUGGCUGGCAUGACUAACAAAGGCAUCUCUCACCGAUCGCCCCUCGUUUCAAGUUUCGGUUCAGGCAGACUCGUCCAUUGGGAUUUGAAAACGCAGAGUUUGCAUGAUCGGCCCCUUGAGUGUUCUGCCGCGCUGAACGGCGAUCCGAUCAGCUUCCUGAACAAUUACGGCCUGAGUUGUCGGUUUGUGAAAUGAACGGGACGAACCCGACAUGCUGCUGCAGCUAUUCGCCAAACGGGGAGCACAUCGCCCUUUGCGGAUCCGACACGGAGGCGGUCGCUUUGCACGCCGACGACUUCUCCCGCCGCACACCCCUCAACUUCGGAAGUGUUUGGAACUGGGACUGCGCGUUUUCUUGCGACAGCAGGUACGCAAGAAAGUUUCUGGGCGAAGUCGGAAAGGGUGGAAAAAGUCUCCGUAGUAAUGCUCCCUUUUUGCUGCUUCUUCGCCUUUUCAUCGGCUCUUAUGGAAGGCUCGAAAUAGUCUGUUCAGAUUUCUAAUGUCAAGUCCUCGCUCAAGCUCCGCCCCCAAUGGCGCGAUAAACCAAUCAGAGAGCGAGCCAUCCACAGAGCGUUUUCGAAUGACGUCAUUCUACUUGACAUUCAAAAUCUGAACGGACUGUAAAAGGAUUAUUUUUGCUGCCUUUCUGCAGCCUCUUCGGAUAAUAGGAAUUUGCAGACACAUGUUUUCUGCCGGCGGGGACUUCAAACUGCGCAUCUGGGACACGACGACGUGGGAGCGCGUCGCCGAGAUCGACGGCCACACGAAACCCGUCACGGCUCUCUGCUCCAACGCUCGCUAUUAA